GUGCUUAGCGUAGAUAAGGAGGGUAAGCAUUGAAGGGAAAGAAGAGUCCCCGCCCUAAAAUGUGAUCCUUCAAAAACCUCUAGUGACGAUGUCACCAAAGAAAGUUUAUCUUCGCCGUCCAGAGAAACGUAAUUUCCAGAUUCGCCAUUCUGACAAACGUUAUUUCCAGAUUCGCGUCCAGAGAAACGUGAUUUCCAGAUCUCCAAUCCUGGAUCUUCUCCGAACGAAAACAGCUGGAUUACAGACUGGGAUAAAAUUAGUUAGUUAGUUUGUAUUAAUGAUGUUGAGAAUUAUAACUAUUUGUGGUAACGUGUCAGAGCGCUCCAAAAUUACUUAUAGAUAAGUUUUUUUUAUUGGAGAGGAGCUGGUAGCGGAUCAAUUCCCCGUGUGCGCGCACUGCACACUAUUUACUGCGGCAAAAGAGUUGAAUAAAUUAUCUCUAUUGACUGUUUUACGUUCUACAAGUUUUUGCAUCGUUUUGGGGAAUCUGGCCAAUGCUGAGCAUCAUGGGAGUCCCUAUGUUUACCGUGUCUCUGGAGGACCUGGUCGUGGCCGAGGCACUGUCUCCCCCAGCAUGCCAGGACGUCAGGUUCGCUCCACCCAGCCCACCGUACCUCCCGAGACCCUCAUCAUACCAGCCCACAGCACGAGGGUCCACCUCAGCCAGGACGACAUCAAGAAGCUGAGGUUCAAGCCCACGGUGGGAUCGGUGCACCUAUCAGAGGGGCACAACACCAAUUUCAACUGCUCCAUCGAGGUCCCUGACAACCACCUGGACCUCACCGUGCUGUGGUGGAAGAACACCAUGGAGCUGGCUGAAAACCUGCAGGUGGUCAUCAACGAAUUACAGACCGUCACACACGGGUUCAUGACUCUGCUGUUCACUGUCAGCAUAACUCGUGUGCAAAGAGCUGACGCUGGGGAUUACCGCUGUAGACUGAGAGUCCGUGACAUAGAGAUAGAGUCCCAGCCUAUCAGCAUUCAGGUCGAAGGUCUACCAAUGUUCACUAGACACCCAGAUGACAUGAACGUAACUUGUAACAGCCCCUUUAACCUGUCAUGUGAAGCGGUGGGUCCCCCGACUCCUAUCACAAUCCGUUGGCUACGCAACGGAGUUCCUGAGAUGGGGUAUGAGAUUAUGUACAGCUGUUGGCGUACUGACCCCCUGGACCGCCCCAUCUUCACUCCGGUAAGAGAACUGUUGGAGAAGCUGACAGAGAAACUUCCAGAGGUUUCUACCAGCAAAGAGAACAUCAUCUACAUCAACACCAGUUUCGCCGAGGAGGAGCAUGGGGUUUGUGCAGACCCCCACCUAGAUUUGCCGCUUUUUAGGACCUCCCCUUCCUGCAGUCAUAACAACCAAUUCAGCUCCUCCCCUUCCUGUUGCCACCCAUUUAGCUCCUCCCCUUCCUGCAGCCAGGCGAGACCGGACCUCCCCCUUUUCAGUUCCUUCUCUUCCUGCAGUCAAAGUCAGAGACCAAAUAACAGAGAUAUGGUGACAGCAGACAUCCACGAGAGUAAGGAAGAUGAUCGUUACGUUGUUGUCAUCUCUAAUGCCAAUCGGAGUAGAGACCCCGCUGUCGCCAAGACCGCAGCAACAGCAGCAGCUGUGGACAGUGACACUCCCCCGUUCUCGAGGGAGGGCUUGGGUGGGGCUGUGCGUGGAACUACCUGUGACUCAGUGGGUGAUGUCACUGGAAUGGAGCAGCACGCGAGUGACACCACGCUGUUACUCUGAAGGGCAUGGAACAUUGGGACUAGAAAUCCAGGGAUUUGAAAGCAGAAAAGAAAAGCUCUCUCUCAGGUGUCAUAUCUGAUGAUAAUACACAUCCUUCUGGUCUGCACUCUGAUCUGUUGAGGACAUUAUAGGUAUGAUAAUGACCCGGCCGGUGAUGAGCACGAUUACCGCAUGAUUACCGCCGGUAACGUGUCCGGCUCUGGACUCUAUGCUACUGGGUUCGAAUCAUGCCUCGGAAUAUCAUGCUACUCCUUCAUUUUAUUACAGUAUGAAGAGAUGUUACUGUGGAUCAUGAGCACAUAGGCUUCCUGCUUGGUGCAGCAUGUGCAGUCUUGAGUUGUCACCCUUCCAAGUCCUGUUUCACCAAGGAUCUGCCCAGUUUCCAUAGAAAUUGAAUACCUAUCUAUGAUUCUGUCUUCUGGCAUUAUUAAAACAGUAUUACAGGCUUGUCUAUUCCCUAAUGAUUUGCAUUGAAGUUAUUCUGACCAGUUUUUCGGUGGAUGUUUAUACCUCAAAUAGUUACCACUAGCUAUCAGUGUGCAAGAGAUGUACAUAAUAUAUUCUACAUUUGCACAUCUCUCUUAUAGUAUACAGCAUUUCCAAUGAGAUAAGCUUUGCUCACAAAUAAAAUCAGUGUAUCCCUAGCAAAUAUUUUCCCUCCUGCAGCAAAGCACCCCCACAACAUGAUGCUGCCACCCCUGUGCUUCACGGUUGGGAUGGUGUUCUUCGGCUUGCAAGCCUCCCCAAAAAGUACGACCUUUGUCCCCAUGUGCAGUUGCAAACCGUAGUCUGGCUUUUUUUAUGGUGGUUUUGGAGCAGUGGCUUCUUUCUUGCUGAGCGGCCUUUGAGGUUAAGUCGAUAUAGGACUUGUUUUACUGUGGAUAUAGAUACUUUUGUACCUGUUUCCUCCAGCAUCUUCACAAGGUCCUUUGCUGUUGUUCUGGGAUUGAUUUGCACUUUUCGCACCAAAGCACGUUCAUCUCUUGAUAUUGAAAGCUGUGAACAAGACAUAAAUACGGCCAAUCACUGUUCUAAAUCAGUGUACUACACUUCCAACUAAAUGCUUACAUUCAGACUGUAUGUAAAUUGCCUUUUUAUAUAUUGAAGUAUUUUUUUAAGUGCCAUUGUGUAUAUGAACUUUACCUACUAAGUGUAUAGAGAGUAUUGUGUACAUAUGUUUUAUAGUCUGAAAAAAAAAUCUGUUUUGGAUCUCUGAGGACCCUGUGCAGCCUUGAGGUACUCCACCAAGUUCAGGCUGUAGACCUUGGAAUGUGCACAAUAUCUAAUAGUUUCAAUUAAAGAUUUUAAAACAAGUA